UGAAUUAGUAAUCCAAAAUCUAUGUUGAUGCUGAGUCGGUUUACUAAGGCCUAAGAUUUCGGCCAUGGGCUUUUUCUUUAUUUCUUCCCUCUUCUCUUUUUGUUUAUCUUUUCUCUACUAUUUCGCCCUCAUCUCUUUCUUUGCUUGCUUUCAAGGCUUUUAACACACACGCCGCCAGCCACCGACCCAUUUCUUAUAUCUGUACCUUAUUUCUCUCUCUCUCUUUCUCCCUCUCCCUUGUUUGGGUUUGAGGCGAAAUUGAUUGACGGAGCCCAACCGAAAUCGCCUUCUGGGUCCUGCAACUUUCCCUAUUUGGGAAUCUGGGUCGAUCUCGAUUUGGCUGAUUUUUCGAGGGAUUUGGGUGUUUCUUUAGUUGGCUCUUUAGAUCCCCCAAAACCCCUCUUUAGAUCAUAACUAGCCUUAAGGUACUCCGACCCUUUUAAAACGACUAAUUUCUAGUGUGGCGAAAUAUAUAUGGGCUGAUCGUGGCAUUUCAUGGGAGGUGUAGACGAUGAUGAACCACCCUCAAAACGUGUGAAAGCAUCCUCACUUGACUUGGAGAGCCUCUCAGAUAAAUCAACUCUCUCAGAGCCCAUCAUUCCUUUGGGAGGAUCAAUGGCCAGACCGUUACCAUCCCAAGGGAACGAGGAUAUUAUUGGUACUAAAGGAGUUAUUAGAAAAGUUGAAUUUGUUAGGAUCAUCACCAAGGCUCUUUACUCACUUGGUUAUGAGAAAAGCGGAGCUGUAUUGGAGGAAGAGUCGGGAAUCAGCUUGCAUUCUCCUACAGUGGAUCUCCUCAGGAAUCACGUGCUUGAUGGUAACUGGGAUGAAAGUCUGAUUGCUUUGCGUAAAAUAGGACUUGUGGAUGAAAAUAUUCUUAAAUCUGCAUCUUUUCUGUUACUGGAACACAAGUUCUUCGAAUUUCUAGAGAGGGACCAAGUCAUGGAUGCAUUGAAGACUCUGAGAAAUGAAAUUACUCCUCUUGGCAUAAACAAAAAACAAACGCACGAGCUUUCCAGUUGUAUUGUUUCUCCUUCACAACGGGUCUUACUUGGUUUUGCUAACCUGGGCAUUGAUACAUCAAACUCACGAUUGAAGCUUCUGGAGGAAUUACAGAAAUUGCUUCCUCCCACUAUUAUGAUACCUGAGAGAAGGCUUGAGCAUUUGGUGGAACAAGCACUAAAUGUGCAACGAGAAGCUUGCUAUUUCCACAAUUCCUUGGAGUCAUUGUCUUUAUACACUGAUCAUAGCUGUGGAAAAGACCAGAUUCCUUCUCGGACCAGACAGGUACUGCAAUCACACAGAAAUGAAGUAUGGUACCUACAAUUCUCAAAUACUGGGAAAUAUUUAGCAUCAGCAUCAAAUGACAAGUCUGCAAUCAUAUGGGAGGUUCACGAAAAUGGGGAAGUCUCAUUAAAGCACACAUUGACGGGUCAUCAGAAACCUGUCCUGAUGGUUGCCUGGAGUCCUGACGACCGCGAGCUUCUCACAUGCGGAAUGGAAGAAGUUGUCAGACGUUGGGAUGUUGUUUCUGGAGAUUGCCUCCAUGUAUAUGAAAAAACUGGUCUUGGCUUGAUCUCUUGUGGUUGGUUCCCAGAUGGGAGACGGUUUUUUACUGGUGUUACAGACAAAAGCAUUUGCUUGUGGGAUCUGGAUGGAAAAGAAGUUGAAUCUUGGAAAGGGCAGAGAGCUAUUAGGACUUCAGACAUGGCUAUCACUAAAGAUGGGAAAAGGAUUAUAAGCAUGUGUAAGGAAUCUGCCAUUCUUUUGCUUGAUAGGGAAGCUAAGUUUGAAAAAGUGAUUGAAGAGGAGCAAACAAUUACUUCAUUCUCGCUGUCAAUAGAUGAUAAGUUUUUGCUAGUAAAUCUUGUGAACCAGGAGAUUCAUCUCUGGAGCAUUACUGAUGAUCCGCAGCUUGUUAUGAGAUACAAAGGUCACAAGCGCAGUAGGUUCGUGAUAAGGUCAUGUUUUGGAGGGUCUGAUCAGGCUUUUAUUGCCAGUGGAAGCGAAGAUUCACAGUUGUAUAUAUGGCAUCGGGCCACAGGUGAUCUGAUAGAAGCUCUACCAGGCCAUGCUGGAGCAGUAAACUGCGUCAGCUGGAAUCCGGCAAACCCCCACAUGCUUGCAUCAGCCAGCGAUGACCACACAAUACGAAUCUGGGGUCUUAAUGCCGUUAACAAUAACAACAAACUGAAGCGUAAGGAAGCUUACAGCAAUGGAGUUGUCCACCAGUGCAAUGGGAAUGGUAGAUGUUAAGGGAAGUCACAUUUUAGGGGGGAGGUGGUGUCUUAGGGAGUUGUCUUUGAUUUAGUUCUCCAUUGACUAUGUAAAUUCUCUCAUCCUUUUUUUUUUUCUUCUCAUUUCUGUAAGAUGUUUUAAGAUUGUUAUAUGCUUAUAAACCAUUCAUCGUAGAUUAUUUGUUUGGUUCCUU